AUGAAGGGCUACUAUCACUCCUCACACGACCUCGACAAGCUCUACGCCGACGGCAAUCCACACCUCGGCGUCAUCCCCGCCAGUAAGCUCCGACUGCUUCAGCGUGACCCUCUCUUGAGCCGGCCCACGGCACCAAUGGCCGCCCCAGAGGUACCUGCUUCGCUCUGGGUUGCCCACAGUGGCUGGUCAGCAGCCGUCAACGGUUCCAAGACGACGUACCUGGACGCAUAUACACCAGAAGCGCAACCGCUGGAGCCCGAGUGGCGAAAGGCGCCCUUUGCGGGCUGGCAGCCCCCACUCGAGGAGAUGAGGCGCUCUGCAAGCCGCAGAAUGCCGCUGCCAAAGGUGCAGCAUCCCUUUCCCGCCCCCGAUCGUUAUUCGGGUGUCGAGGGCAACACUGCGAGGGACAAGGUGUUGCAGGAGAGGCAAAGGCUCGUCAGGAAUGCGUUUUUGCACGCUUGGCAAGGCUACAAGAGGCUUGCAUGGGGCCACGAUGAGCUCAAGCCCGUCACGGAAGUACCCCAUGACAACUUCAAUGGUUGGGGUGCUACUAUCGUCGAUGCGCUCGAUACACUCCUCGUUAUGGAACUCCCGGGUGAAUAUGACUUGGCGCGGCAGCACGUCCGCGACAUCGACUUUCACCUCGUUGGCGGCGAACGCAGCGCAUACGGCUUUUCGGACGGCAAGAUUCCCGUCUUCGAGACGGCGAUCCGAUACCUUGGAGGGUUCCUUUCGGCCUACGACCUCUCUGGCGAUGUCCUCAUGCGGGACCGCGCCGAGGAGCUGGCUCAGCUGAUUAUGCCUGCCUUUGACACGCCCACCGGCGUACCCGUUGGUCGCAUCAAAUUCGACCAGCCCUCAUACAAGUCGGCAGCCGGCGGCGUUAUCCUGGCUGAGGCUGCCAGCAUGCUCGUCGAGAUGACGAGACUGUGGCAGGUGACUGGCAAUCGCACCUACUUUGACCGCGUGCAGAGGACCAGCGACUGGCUCGACCGCAACAUGACGGGCACACCGGAGCGGCUGGGCACCCUGCUUCCCACGAGCAUCUUUCCUGAGCGGGGCACCAUGUACGGGUGGUACACGUGGGGCGGCAUGGCCGACAGCGCAUUCGAGUACCUCAUCAAGGAGCACCAGCUCCUGGACGGUCAUUUGGAGCAGUACGGCCGCAUGUUUAGCGAGGCCAUGGACAGCGCGCAUCGCUGGCUGCUCCGCCACAUUGGCUCAGUGCCCAACACACCGCUUCUGAUCAUGGGCCAAAGCAAUGGCCGGCUCUUCACGCCCAAGCUCGAGCACCUUACCUGCUUUGCAGGAGGAUCGAUUGGAUUGAGCGCAAGGCUUCUCUCUGGUCGGUCUCACGAUCUGGUCCAUGCCGAGCGCGUGACCGAGAGUUGUUGGUGGGCAUACAAUGCCACAGCAACGGGCAUUGGGCCCGAAGAACUGACAUUCUACCGUGAUCGAGACACGGAUCGGUUCGACAGCGUCGUCAUGCCCGAUGGCACGAGCCGACGGGGAAAUGCCAGAGGGUCGCCUCUCAUUGGUGUUCGCAGCAUCCGUGCCGACUAUCGCAAUCGACCAGAGACGAUCGAGUCCGUCUUUUACAUGUGGCGCAUCACGGGCGACGAGAAGUGGCAGGAGAGGGGCUGGCAGAUGUUUUCCUCAUGGGUGGCCCAUUGCAUGACCGACGUCGGCUUCUCGAGCAUCCAGAGCGUGCUCGAGGUGCCCGCCAUGCAGAGCGACUCGAUGGAGAGCUUUGUCUUCGCAGAGACGUUCAAGUACUACUACCUCCUCUUUUCCCCGCCGGACCUCAUCUCCCUCGACGACUACGUCUUCACCACCGAGGCGCAUCCCCUGCUGACGCCCCAGAAGGGCCGGUGGGCGCGCGCGGGUCAUGGGCCCAAGAAGCUGUGGGACGAUGCGGCGCCAGAGUCGUCACACACGCCGCCUUCUGCUUCGGGACUCUAUGCAGGAGGCGAGGGUGGACCGGUUGGGGGGUUGACGAAUCAACAAAAGCACGCCAUCCUGAAACGGUGGUAUGACAAAAAUGAGAACGAGCGCAAGAAACAGGAGGCUUUCGCAAAGGCAAAGGCGAAUGCCGACAAGGUCAUUCCUCCUCCGAUCCUCAAGAAUAAUGCCAGCAGCAGCAGCAGCAUCAGCACCUCCUCCAGUAGAAGUACCACCAGCAACGACGGCGACGACAUCUCCAGCAGUAACAACGCUUAG